AUGUCAGACGCUCGAGAGUUCAUUCUGAACAUUCCCCACACCCCUCUUCCUGCUCCACACCCCUCUUCCUGCUCCACACCCUUCUCCCUUCCCCACACCCCUCUUCCUGCUCCACACCCCUCUUCCUGCUCCACACCCCUCUUCCUGCUCCACACCCCUCUUCCUGCUCCACACCCCACUUCCUGCUCCACACCCCUCUCCUUUCCUGCCCCACACCCUUCUCCCUUCCCCACACCCCUCUUCCUGCCCCACACCCUUCUCCCUUCCCCACACCCUUCUUCCUGCUCCACACCCCACUUCCCUGCCCACACCCCACUUCCCCACCCCACACCCCACUUCCCCACCCCACACCCCUCUUCCCGCUCCACACCCCACUUCCCUGCCACACACCCCUCUUCCUGCUCCACACCCCUCUUCCUGCUCCACACCCCUCUCCCUGCCCACACCCCACUUCCCUGCCCACACCCCUCUUCCCGCUCCACACCCCACUUCCCUGCCACACACCCCUCUUCCUGCUCCACACCCCUCUUCCUGCUCCACACCCCUCUCCCUGCCCACACCCCACUUCCCUGCCCACACCCCACUUCCCUGCCACACCCCACUUCCCUGCCCACACCCCACUUCCCCACCCCACACCCUCUUCCCGCUCCACACCCCACUUCCCUGCCACACACCCCUCGUCCUGCUCCACACCCCUCUUCCUGCUCCACACCCCUCUCCCUGCCCACCCCACUUCCUGCCCACACCCCACUUCCCUGCCACACACCCCUCUUCCCUCUCCACACCCCUCUUCCCUCUCCACACCCCUCUUCCCCGCGCCACACCCCUCUUCCCUCUCCACACCCCUCUUCCCGCGCCACACCCCUCUUCCCUCUCCACACCCCUCUCCUUGCUGGCGGGUGGCACGGUGUUCUGUAG